CGAUAGGAACGACGGGUUCAAAAAAUCAGACGACGCCGCCGUCGAGCGCUUUCGUCGCCACCGCCGUCUCAGAACUUCUCCGACGAGCGAAGCCGAGGGCCGUCGCGAUCAGCCACUGUAACUCUCUCUCUCUCUCUAUAUGCACCCGCAGUGAAGUUCCUGCUACUGAGAAUUCUCUGCUCCGUGCGGGCUUCGGAUUGUUGCCUCCAACAGUUUCAGCGACCGACGCGGCCGGGCAGUCGAGGUCGCGCGGAGGAUUCGGCCAGGGGGCAGGGAUCGCUUUCAAUGCUGUAGUUGCCCGAGUGUCGUGGCUGUGAUCGAAUGGCGUGCCAUCAGUCCGCGAGCGUCCACGUUCAUUCCUUGUGGAGGAGCUUCAUCUGCUCCAGGACUUAUUUGACGAGGACCGGAAGCAUUGGCAGAUUGAAUCCCGCGAUCCAUCUACCCAUUUCGUCGAGGAAGGGCCACUAUGUGCUGGCAAAAUGUUCGUUUUCAACUCUACAUGGAGUUGCCACUGAAACUUCUAGGAAUUCGGUGAUUCCUUCUAAAACUAGUCCUUCAGUAGGCCAAGAUGCACUUUUGGAUCAAGUCAAUCAGGGAGAAAGAGAAGCAAAGGCUGAUCCUUCCGGUGGCAGGGUAAUGCUAAUUGAUGGCACAUCAGUCAUAUAUAGAGCAUACUACAAGCUUUUGGCCAGGUUGCAUCAUGGGCACUUACCACAUGCAGAUGGGAACGGAGACUGGGUUUUGACUAUUGUUACAGCUUUAUCUCUUAUAAUUGAUGUCCUUGAAUUCGGCCCUUCCCAUGUGGCAGUGGUAUUCGACCAUGAUGGAAUUCCAUUUGGUCAUACUUUUAAUCAGUCCAAAGAAAGUUUCAUGGCUAAAGGUCUUAAUUUUCGGCAUACUUUAUACCCAACAUACAAGAGCAACCGUCCCCCCACACCAGACACCAUUGUCCAGGGACUCCAAUACCUGAAAGCAUCCAUCAAGGCCAUGUCCAUCAAAGUAAUUGAGGUGCCUGGUGUUGAAGCUGACGAUGUGAUUGGAACCUUGGCUGUAAGGAGUGUUGAGGCAGGCUACAAGGUUCGAGUCGUCUCCCCAGACAAGGACUUUUUCCAGAUUUUGUCUCCUUCAUUACGUCUUCUGCGCAUUGCUCCACGUGGUCUCGAUAUGGUCUCCUUUGGAAUGGAAGAUUUUGCUAAAAAAUAUGGAGCUCUAGAUCCUUCUCAAUUUGUUGAUGUCGUGUCACUUGUAGGUGACAAAUGCGACAAUAUCCCAGGAGUUGAAGGGAUUGGCAAUGUGCAUGCUGUGCAACUGAUUACUAAAUUUGGCACAUUAGAAAACUUGUUGCAAUGUGUUGAUCAAGUUGAAGAGGAACGGAUAAGAAAGGCUUUGAUAGCGCAGGCUGAUAAUGCUAUCCUCAGCAAGAACUUGGCAUUAAUACGUACUGAUCUUCCAUUCUACAUGGUACCAUUCACCACUGAAGAUCUCGCAUUUAAGAAACCUGAGGAUGACGGGGAGAAAUUCACCAGCCUUCUAAAAGCCAUUGGUGCAUAUGCUGAAGGAUUUUCAGCUGAUCCGAUCAUUAGAAGAGCUCUUAAUUUGUGGAAGAAACUUGAAAGACGGUGAUCAAUUCUACAUUUUGUACAGUCAAUCAAAAGCCACCAAUAGCAUGGUAUCCAUGAGUGUGUACUCUUCAGUGACAUGGGUUGAAGAUUAUGGGUCACCUCCUCCUCACAAUUAUUUCUGCAGAGGCCGGGAAGGGAAACCCAUGGCUCGGUAUUUGAAGUUAGUAAGUUAGUAGUCUGGAGAACUGCAUGGAAGCAUAGCUACUUCAAUAACAAUUUCUUAGGCCUAUCUAUUUUCAUUGUAUUCUUGCCUGUUUUGCUGCACUGAGACUCAAUGCCGCACCAUCACCUGUUUCAUGAAAGGAUGACGGAAGAAUGAUAGUGGUCUUUUUAGCAUACAAGUUGCUGAUUGAUACUGUAUUCGUGUCAAAGGAUUGUGGAUAAAAGCUAAUGAGAUCAAUCAGGCUGCCAAAGCAACAAACAUGGCAAUACUUUUCUCCUGUUUAUCAAUUGUAAUUUUGAUUUUCCAUUUCAUAUGUGGAAGUACUGAAGCAGUGCUAUAAGACCUCUGCUGGUUUUGUAGGAUCACAUUUCUUUAAAUAUAAUCUGUAGAAUGAGGAUUUUUCUUACA